AUGAGGCGGAAGAUUUUCUCGUUGGUGCUGACCUCUCUCCUGGCGGCGGUCCUUUGCCAGGGUGUGGACGAUUUAUUCGCCGACUUCAUUAAGUCCCAAAGUAUUCAGACGACCACAGAAAGCGACGAUGACCUCAAUCUAGAUCCGGUUUCCGAAGACACUAUUGGCGAUAGGAGUGUCGGGGUCGCGGAUACUAACGUCAAUGAAUGCAUCGCGGAAAAUGGACAAAGGGGAGUGUGCGUCACGUACUACCUCUGCGAAGCGGAAAGUAAGACGAUCAUAGAGGAUGGCUACACUCUCAUCGACAUCAGGGCCAUGAAUGAGUGCCAAAACUUAUUGGAUACAUGUUGCCUGCGCACGCACGUUAUCUCCACCCCGGCGCCAGCACAGACUUUAGAAGAGGACAAGAUGAACAAAGCCCAGUCGAUUGGCGCGCACGGCGCCGCCAGCGCCACGUUUACUCAGACCAUUGCCCAUAAUUCCAUCGCUUCCCCUUCUUCCGGAGCCGUCGGCAAGUGUGGCUACAGCAACCCCGGCGUCCACGCGUUCCCGGUCCGGGACGGAGGGUCCCCGAGUGAUAGGCUCUACGCGGACUUCGGCGAGUAUCCCUGGAUGGUCGCUGUGCUUAAACGCUCAGACGACGAAGAUUGGAAGCAGGAGAACUACAUUGGCGGUGGGUCGUUGAUCCAUCCUGCCGUCGUGAUGACCGUGGCCCACAAGCUACAGAAGCGACAGCCCAAUCAGAUAAUGGUCCGCGCGGGCGAUUGGGACACGAAUUCCGAAGAGGAACUGUACGACCAUCAAGACAGGAAUGUGAGGAAGAUCGUCACACACGAGAACUAUUUCAGACCGUCGCUGUACAACGACAUCGGGCUGCUGUUCCUGGAGAGCCCCGUGGCGCUGGAUAACGCACCACAUAUCGGCAUAGCGUGCCUCGCCCCUCGGCCGCCGCCGCCGAGCGCCAACUGCUUCAGCAUGGGUUGGGGUGCUGCCGACUUCAAGAACAAGAAGGUCUUCGCCUCCAUACUGAAGAAGGUGAAGCUACCGCUGGUCCCGAAGGAUCGGUGCGAGGAAAUGCUGAGGAAUACAAGGCUGGGAAGGGUGUUCCGCCUGCACGAGUCCCUCCUCUGCGCGGGGGGAGAGGAGGGUGUUGACACCUGCAGAGGGGACGGCGGCUCCUCUCUCGUCUGCCCCAUUGAUUCCACAGGUUCGCGCUUCGCCGUCUACGGAAUGGUCGCCUACGGGCUCCAAUGCGGCGCGAAGGACGUGCCCGGGGUCUACGUGAACGUGCCCAACCUCCACGGCUGGGUGGGGCAGCAGCUGAGCAACGAGGGUCUGGACGCCAAGUCCUACAGCUACCCG